UUUCUGGUCUACGUAGCCCUGGAGAAGGAGGAGGGGCUGUACAACCUCAAUUUCCACAACUGCAUGAAUUACCCCCCUGGUGCUGGAUACUCAAAGAUCGACAUGGCUUUGCAGAUCGAGGAAGUGAAUCCCGACGACAACUACCUGUCCGCUGGUGAGAUGCCGCUGCCUGCACUCUACUUCAUGAUGGCCCUCCUCUUCUUCCUCUCAGCUUGCUUCUGGUUCUUCCUCCUCAAGAAGAGCAAGGACCCUGUCUUCAAGAUCCACUACCUGAUGGGCGUCCUGGUCAUCAUCAAGUCGUUCAGCCUGCUCUUCCAUGGCGUCAACUACCACUUCAUUCAGACAAGGGGGGUCCACAUGGAGGCCUGGGCUGUCAUGUUCUACAUCAUGCACUUGCUGAAGGGUGCUCUGCUGUUCACUGUCCUGGCUCUCAUUGGUUCUGGUUGGGCCUUCAUCAAGCACGUCCUUUCCAGCAAAGAGAGGAAAAUCUUCAUGAUUAUCAUCCCCCUGCAGAUCAUUGCCAACGUUGCCACGAUCAUCGUAGAGGAGACGGAAGAGGCCAGCCAGGAGCACGCUACGUGGGUGGAGCUGCUGUUCGUCUUGGACUUCCUUUGCUGUGGAGCCAUCUUGCUACCUGUAGUCUGGUCCAUCCGUCACUUGCAGGAAGCCUCACAGAGCGACGGAAAGGCUGCCAUCAACCUCAAGAAACUGAAACUCUUCCGUCACUUCUACAUCAUGAUUGUCUGCUACAUCUACUUCACAAGGAUAAUUGUCUAUUUGUUGAGGAUGACAGUGCCCUUCCAGUACGAGUGGCUGGAUGACAUGUUCCGCGAGAUGGCAACUUACGUGUUCUUUGUGAUGACGGGCUACAAAUUCCGUCCAGCCGUCAACAACCCUUACUUCAGGGUAACCACCGAUGAUGAGGAUAUGGACGAAGUGCUGACUACAACUGGCCUGACAGAAGGUGUGACCCGCGUCAACCAGCACAACAAGGAUACGUCCAAGAGCAAGGACCACCUUGAGGUCGAGGUCUACGAGGAUGAUGAGGAAGUGAACCUUCUCAACACACAGGAGUCAUCCCAUGCCUUUGACUAGUGCCCCACGAGGAUAGGUGUCUUGGGCUCCCAGGCUCUGGAAUUUAGAUCUCCAAGGUCCUCUUUUGCUUGUCUUGAGCACGCUGAUACCUAAGGGGAGAAUUGACUUUGUCGGCCGUGCAAUUUUAGAUGUCUCUCAAAGGAUAUUUUUAUGUAAUAUCUACUCACAUCUGUAUACAUGUAUUUGUGUGUAUGUGCAUAUGGGUAUGCAUUGGGGCAAGUAGCUGUGUAUGUAUUUGUGUAUUUAUGAUAUAUGCAUGUAUAUGCAGUGCUAGCAUUCAGUACAUGAAUACAUUUAUUUCUGUGUCUCAGGGGUAGAUUUGCACUUGGUGGCUUUUGGAGAAUAUGCAAUGGCAAAAUCUUCUUUAUUUCCUGUUUCCUUGCAAUGACAAAUUUUGAGAUGGGAAAGUGAACAGUAAGAGAUGGACAUCAUUUUAAUAUGUAAGACUGUAUUUCAAGAUUAAACUUGCAAUAUUCAUUCUCAUAAUGUUUAUCGUAGUAUGUAUAUAUCUAUUGCUUAUGAAUACAUUUUACAGUAAGAGAAUGGUUUAAUUCUUCAAUGCAAAAUGAAGGACUGAUCAAUAAAGCAGAUUUCUGUUAAACAAAAUGCGUUAAUUGGUACAGUAAUUCAACUACUUUCCAAGACAGAACCUGUCCGUAUCGCCCUUUUACUCCUCUGAUGCCUCUCCAUACGCAGAAUUCUCUCCUGAAGAUAAAGCUCCUCUCUCCAUUUUGCCAUUUGUGUUUUGCAUGCUGGAUGGCCCAAGGAUGAUAACUUGUGUAAUGCUCAGAACGUCUUAUGCAGAUUCGUAAAGGACAGACAAGUGAGAGCAAGUCACCAAGUGUGCUUCCCUGGACAUUAUUAUUAUUAUUAUUAUUAUUAUUUUUUAAAAUUUCUUUCUUGUAUCUAUCCAUAGUAAGAAGUUCCUUGUCAUCUGUUGGAAUAUUCUAAAAGCAGUGCUUAAGCAAUUACAAUGUUUUGCCUUUCAUGCAAGGAAUUAUUGAUUUUUUAAAAGUCCUUUACUGUCAGAACGAGAAGAGAAAUAACCUCCAGAAAGGGAUAACUGAUGUGCAAAUUCUUUUUAAUUCGAAUUCCUGUCACAGCCCUGAGUAUGUAAUGAUAAUUUUGUUUAUAAAAGAAAUGGCUGUCAGUUGCCUGGUAUUCUUUAGUAAGCAGGUUAUUUUUAUUCCUGUGUUGAUGAUUAGGACAGUAUUCCCUGUGUUUGCUUGGAUUAUAUGUAAGUUUGCAAGCCCAUGUUGAUUAUCAUGAAUGUGAGACGUAUUGGAGAACCUUGCAGAACAAUUAUUUUGCUAUAAGAUAAUGUGCCAGGGAGAUGUUUAGGAUUCUUAUAUAUUUCCUACCCCAUGAUGAAAAGUGAUAAUAAUGAGACUACAGUAAAAGGAUCUUGAUGAUAUUAACCAGUGAUUUAACAAGGGUUAAAUAGUCUGUGCAGAGUUAUUCACUUCAAUGGAGCCUUCCUGAAGGAGCGGGAAUUUGUGUAAUAAAAGAAGCCCAAGGACAGAAUUCUGUAACCACCAAAGGACUACUACGGAGAGAGAGAUUUAUUGGGAUUGUGCAACAAACCUCAUCCAUUUUUACACAAUGUGGCAUAGGUUCAAGUAACUGCAAAUUUCCGAAUUACAUUAUAUGUUGAUAUUCAAACAGUAAAAUUAUGUCUUUUUUGAAAUAUUAUUUAGAACUGAAUACUAGACAGUAAGUGAGAAUAACCACUAAAAUUAGAUGUAAGUGAAGCAUAAAAUCCAUCCUAUUAGUGGAAAUAUUUAAAUCCUUUCAUUGGUCUUUCAUCAUUGAUAUUUUUGUUAUUAAUCUUUCACCCCCUGUACCUAGAAAUCAGACAAAACGGAGAAUUAAUUCAUUUACUUUCCCUUCUUUCUUUUUUUACCUUUUUCUUUUUUCUUUUUCUUUUUUUUAGUUUCCUUUCAUCUUAAUUUUGUUGUGUACUCCAAUCACUAUUAGCUUUAAUGAAUGCAGAGGAUGGAGGUUGAAUAGUUCUUAGUGACUCUGCUUUGUGGUGUUAAGACUCUUGUUUGCGGUAUUUGUGUAUAUUUUGGGAUUUUGUUUGUAUAAUUACAGGAUAAUGAGAACUAUUUGGAAGAUUUAUUUUGUCAUUUUGUGAAAGGAAUAUUGAGAAUGGUAAUACCUGAUUUGUAAAUGUGAUUAUGAUGGUUAUGAUUUAUUUUGAAUCUAGAGUUUUUUUUAUCAUCAUCUUAAGCACUAAGGAAAUAGAAAGUUAAAAAUUAAUAGACAGGAUAGUAGCAUCAUCAGAAAACAAGAGAGAAGAUUCUAUAAAAGAUACAGAUUUUGCUUGGGUGAGUAGGAUAAGAGACAGACGACUCCUAAGACCGAUAGAGAACACAAAUAUUGUCCUGUUGUGCAUUUUUUUUUCUUUUUCGCCUCAAGAUUUUAACGGUCUUUGAAGUGCUGUAAGACUUUGCUUGGGAUAUUGAAUCUUUUAUUUUGCCAACAGAUUGCAAAGGAUGUAUUUGCAAAUGUAACACUCGACCCAGGAGAUCAAAUGUACAAAAAUAAAAGGUAUAACUAUAUGUAAAAAGUCAGUAUUUAGAUACAAUGUUCUGACUUAUUAUAAGCAAAUUUUAACCCCAUCGGAAUUCUUUAUUUGAUUCUCAUUUUCAAUCAAAAAGAUGGUAUCAGUUGAGGAUGUGUGACUUUAGGCUUUGAUUCAUUUUAUAAAAGCAAAUGCAAAUAUAAAUGAAUUAGUCAAAGGGAUUGUCCUUUAUGGAAUUAGUUUAAUAGAAAAAAAUUGUAGCUAGUCAUAAGCCUAUAUAGUUCUUUUCUUUGUAAAGGAAUAUAUCACUUUGUGAGAUGUGGGAUGUAGUUCCUUUCUUUAUUAGGUAUUUUUUUUUUUGUCUGUGUACAUGAGUGACUGUGAUUUUCCCUUUUUUCUUUUUUUUUUCUUUUUCUCUCUUUUAUGUUAAUGGUUGGAUUUGACGGACUUGCUAAAUUUGAUAUUCAUUUGGAACUGUGCUGGAUAAAACCUAAUCUGAAAUUAGGAGGCAGGAGGUUCACCUUAUGUUCGAAUUUUAGUUUUUAAUCAUUCCAAGUACAUUGUAUAAGAUUUUUUUUUUUAUUUUUUUUUUUUUUUUCCACGUGACAAGUGCAUCAUGGUUUAGAGUAGCUUUUUGCUUUACUGUAGAUAAAAGACGUGACACUGUAGAUGACUGUUCUCACCUUAAUGUGUACAAAAUUGUCAAGGUGUUCGUAUGAAAACUUGCAUAUUUUUAGGUUCAUCUCGAGUGGUAACUUGUCCUAAAUACGUACCACUUCGGAGGAACUUUCGUCUUUGGCUCCCUGUGACGGUAUAUGUGAAUGAAAUAGAUGAUGAUAUUUUCAUUUAGUGUAGAUACGUCUUGGCUGAUAAAGAGUUGAGAAUAUUCUACUGUACUGUGGACAAGCUGUGCAACAUUAUAAUUAUUUUUAUUUUUCAUCCCUUAAAUAUAAAGCCUUUGUAAAUUAUCCAAUACAGACACAAAGCUUA